CUGCUGCUGAGCUGCCUGCUCAUUGCUCUGUGCAGACAGUGGCUGGACGGAGGCGCCGGGGCUGAGCAUGUCGGAACGCCAAGUUCCCUUCACUUUCCUCCGCAACCCCAGCUGGGACCCGUUCCGGGACUGGUACCGGGGCAGCCGGCUUUUCGACCAGUCUUUCGGGAUGCCCCUUAUCCCUGAGGACUGGUACAAGUGGCCGGCAGGGACCACCAGCUGGCCGGGCUAUGUGCGCCCCAUGCUCAGCACCAGCCCUGAGCCCGUGGUGACCAGCCCAGUCCCCGUCCCCGUCGCCGCGUCGCCAGCCGCCAACCCGGCCUACAGCCGAGCACUGAGCCGCCAGCUCAGCAGCGGCAUCUCUGAGAUCCGGCAGACAUCCGAGAGCUGGAAAGUGGCACUGGACGUCAACCACUUUGCCCCUGAGGAGCUGGUGGUGAAGACCAAGGACGGCGUGGUGGAGAUCACCGGAAAACAUGAAGAAAGACAGGACGAGCAUGGCUACAUUUCCAGGUGUUUCACGAGGAAAUACACGCUUCCUCCUGGCAUUGACCCAACGGUGGUCCGUUCCUCGCUUUCGCCUGAUGGCACGCUGACCGUGGAAGCCCCGUUGCCCAAACCUGCCAUCCAAUCCGCCGAGAUCAAGAUCCCGGUCACCUAUGAGACUCAUGCCCAGAUCCCUGCGGCAGAGGCCAAGAAGCCCGAAGAAGCGGCCAAGAAAUAAACAGCACGUGGAGCGCUGCAGCUGCGGGCCGGGAUGGUUCGACCCAGCUUUUGCGGGCCCCUUUGCGAGGCAGCGACGAAGAUGAAGAUCUCACGGGCCAGGAGUGGCCACCCGGCCAUUUCUGUGGGCCCUGCAUGACCUCACACCAAAUUGGCCAAAUUCACAUUUUACAAAUAAACACGUUUGAAAAGCUCA